AUAGGCUUAUCUUAUCACUUUAGUGGGCAUCAAAAUUCAGGAACCUCACGAACAAUCUCUCAAAUCUCUACUCCACUCACUAGUAGAUCAUUACCCACAUAUCAAUUUCUGCUCCAUCCAUGGCUUCCUCCUCUCUUUCUUCUGCAACAUCCUCACAGCUAUGCGCCGGCAGAAGCGCUUUGUUCUGUCCCUCUCAAGCGCUUUUGAGGAAACCUAAAAGCACUCAAAUGGGGGCGAAGGGAAAGGGAAUGGGCGGCAAAAUCAGUUGUCAGGCCACGAGUAUUCCGGCUGAUCGAGUGCCGGAUAUGGAGAAAAGGAAAACCAUGAAUCUGCUUCUUCUGGGCGCUAUUGGGCUUCCCACAGCUACCAUGUUGUAUCCUUACACCUAUUUCUUUGUCCCUCCUGGUACUGGAGGUUCUGGUGGUGGAGUCGUGGCCAAGGAUGCUCUUGGAAAUGAUGUUUUGGCUGCUGACUGGCUUAAUGUGCAUGGCCCUGGAGACAGAACUCUCACACAGGGGUUGAAGGGUGAUCCUACCUACCUCGUAGUCGAAAAGGAUAAAACGCUCGCAACGUUCGGAAUCAACGCAGUUUGCACUCACCUCGGAUGCGUCGUGCCAUGGAAUGCAGCUGAGAACAAGUUUAUCUGCCCAUGCCAUGGAUCCCAGUACAACGAUCAAGGCAGAGUCGUCCGAGGACCGGCACCUCUGUCUCUUGCAUUGGUUCAUGCCGAUGUCGACGAUGGGAAGGUCGUGUUCGUCCCGUGGGUCGAAACCGACUUCAGAACUGGCGAAAAUCCAUGGUGGGCUUAAGCCUCCUCUUCAUGUACAUCUCUCCACAUCCAACCCUUCAAUUUGAUCUCUCAAUUUUCUUGUGCUAUAUGUUAUAGCCAUGUUGGUUGCCAUAUAUUAAGAUACAAUGCCAUUGAUAUUAACUUCA